UUGAAAGCAGAUCAGUCAGAGCAAUGGUCUUAGAUCAUCUGACUCCAGUUAGCAGCAGGAGAGAGGAGCUGGGAGCGAGAGUUGCAAACUUUUCACUACUCACUAUUUUCCCGGACAACCCCUCAUGGACCAUCCAUACCCGUGAUGGACACACAGGCGGGGCGACUCCCAGUUCAGAGAGGGAAAGUCAGAGCGUGAAUAGAGGGUUCACAGCCUGAAGAGGAGGAUCAGCUGGGGGAAGGACGAUCGGCAACCUGGAGGGCUGGGGAAGGAAAUUCCUAUCCUGAGGAGAGGGACAAAUACAACUGGGGAGCGAGGGACAUAUAGAGAAAGUCCCGGGAGAAGGUUUCAGAACGUACGGUAUAUGGAGCAACUUAGAGUCUUUCCUUGAGUUCCGCGUUACAACUACUCGACUGCCUGUUACAGAUUUUACAGACCUCUAGAUUCACCUUUUUGAAUAUGAGUCACUAGUAUGGAGAAUUCUGGACCAGUUACCGCAGCUCACAAAAAAGAAACCAAAACAUCCAUUCUGGAAGGGAAUAGUUACCCGGAUCCUGGGAAGAAGCCUGGAGCGCUCAGCAGUGCACACGGAGCUCCAGCACAUCUCUUUCCUGCGUUUCAUGCGCCAUUUCCAAUUGACAUAAGGCAUCAAGAGGGAAGAUAUCAUUAUGAGACUCAUGGGAUCCACGCCAUUCAUGGCCCCCCAGGUCUUAGCUCCAGCCCAGUCAUUUCGGACAUCUCCCUAAUCCGUCUGUCCCCUCACUCAGUGGGAGCGGGUGAGUUCAGCCAUACUCACCACUAUGUGAGCCCCCAUAUGGAGCACUAUCUGCGGUCGGUGCACAGCAGCCCAACUCUGUCUAUGAUUUCUGCUGCCAGGGGCUUGAGCCCAGCUGAGGUAGCCCACGAGCACUUAAAAGAACGAGGUCUUUUUGGCUUAGCACCCCCACCUCCUGGUGCCAAUCCUGCAGAAUAUUACCAUCAGAUGACCCUCCUUGCUAGCCAUCCAAGUCCCUACGGAGAGCUCCUGAUGCAGAGUGGGGCAGCUGCCACGGCUGCCCACCUCCAUGAUUACCUAACUCCCAUGGAUGUGUCGAGAUUCUCAAGCCCCAGGGUGACCCCACGGUUAAGCAGGAAGCGAGCACUGUCAAUCUCGCCCCUCUCUGAUGCCAGCAUUGACCUGCAAACCAUGAUCCGCACUUCGCCCAACUCUCUUGUGGCUUAUAUCAACAACUCUCGUAGUAGCUCUGCUGCCAGUGGGUCUUAUGGUCAUUUGUCAGCUGGAGCAAUAAGUCCAGCCUUCAGCUUUCCCCAUCCUAUUAAUCCUGUGGCAUACCAGCAACUUUUAAAUCACCAGCGUAGUCUGAGCUCAUUUGGACACUCUCCUCUAGUCCAGCCUUCUCCCGCUUUCGCCUCACGGCAACCUGAAACCCUCUCCUCAUCCAAUCCUGCACCUAGCAGUAACCACAUCUCUGCCCCAGACUCCAGUCAGAACAAACCAAGCAGUGAGUCCGCUGUCAGCAGCACUGUUAACCAAGUAAUCAACAAGCGCAGCAAAGUAAAGACAGAAGAAGAAGCACAUCGAAGGGACUCUCCCAGUCCUCAGGACCAUCUGACAGACCUAAAGGAAGAUUUAGAUAAAGAUGAAUGUAAACAGGAACCUGAUUUUAUAUAUGAGACAAACUGCCACUGGGAUACCUGCACCAACGAGUUUGACACACAGGAUCAGCUUGUGCAUCACAUCAAUAAUGAUCAUAUCCACGGGGAGAAGAAGGAGUUUGUAUGUCGCUGGCAGGACUGCACACGGGAACAGAAGCCAUUCAAAGCACAGUACAUGUUGGUGGUACAUAUGAGACGACACACGGGAGAGAAGCCGCAUAAAUGCACUUUUGAAGGUUGCUUUAAGGCAUAUUCCAGACUAGAGAACUUAAAGACUCAUCUACGGUCGCAUACUGGGGAAAAGCCAUAUGUGUGUGAGCAUGAGGGGUGCAAUAAAGCUUUUUCCAACGCCUCUGACCGAGCAAAACAUCAGAACAGGACUCAUUCCAAUGAGAAACCAUAUAUUUGCAAAAUUCCUGGAUGCACAAAGAGGUACACAGAUCCUAGCUCUCUCAGGAAACAUGUAAAGACUGUUCAUGGGCCGGAGGCUCAUGUAACAAAGAAGCAACGCAAUGAUAUGCCACCCAAACCUUCAGCGUCCAAGGAAAAUGGAGACAAUGAGGCUAGUGCUAAACUAAAUAAUAUGCUGUCUGAGGAACACUCUGAGGCAAACAGCACCUCUAGAGCGGAGGACUGCUACCAAGCCAGGACUAUCAAGACUGAGAACAGCAUAUGUGGCAAUAUUUUUUUUAUAAAUGUUAAUACAACACAGCAUAUUGAAGGCAACUACAGAGAAAACACACUAUAUGGCCAAAA